AUGCUUACUGGUGACGCCAUCGCUAUUGCCAAGGAGACCUGCAAGAUGCUUGCUCUCGGUACCAAGGUUUACGACUCUGAGCGUCUGAUUCACGGUGGUCUCGCCGGCUCUGCCCAGCACGAGCUUGUUGAGAAGGCUGAUGGUUUCGCUGAGGUUUUCCCCGAGCACAAGUACCAGGUCGUCGAGAUGCUGCAACAGCGUGGUCACUUGACUGCCAUGACUGGUGACGGUGUUAACGAUGCUCCCUCCCUGAAGAAGGCUGACUGUGGUAUCGCUGUCGAGGGUUCCACUGAGGCUGCCCAGGCUGCCGCCGAUAUUGUUUUCCUUGCCCCCGGUCUGUCCACCAUCGUCGAUGCUAUCAAGCUGGCCCGUCAAAUUUUCCAGCGUAUGAAGGCCUACAUCCAGUACCGUAUCGCUCUGUGCCUGCACCUUGAGAUCUACCUGGUUACCUCCAUGAUCAUCAUUGACGAGACCGUUGACUCUUCCCUCAUCGUCUUCAUCGCCCUGUUCGCCGAUCUUGCCACCAUUGCCGUCGCUUACGAUAACGCUCACUUCGAGGCCCGCCCCGUCGAGUGGCAGCUGCCUAAGAUCUGGGUUAUCUCUAUCGUUCUUGGAAUCUUGCUCGCUGCCGCCACCUGGAUCAUCCGUGGCACUCUCUUCCUUGAGAACGGUGGUAUCAUCCAGAACUUCGGCUCUCCCCAGGAGAUUCUCUUCCUUGAGAUUGCCCUGACUGAGAACUGGCUGAUCUUCGUUACCCGUGGUGGACACCCACCCUCUGACCCCGCUGGCCCUACCUUCUCCGUCAACAACGAUGUCGACAUUGUCACUGUUGUUGUCAUCUGGGCCUACUCCAUUGGUGUCACCGUCAUCAUUGCCGUUGUCUACUACAUCCUGACCAUCAUUCCCGCUCUGGACAACCUUGGCCGCAAGACCCGCUCCAAGGCCGACACCCAGAUCGAGAACAUGAUCGCUCACCUCUCCAAGCUGGCCAUUGAGCACGAGCACUCCUCCGACGGCAAGUCUCGUUACACUCUGGGUGCCCGCGCCGAGGAGAUCGAGGAGGACGAGUAA